UAUGUCAUGACAUUGACCUGCCUGGUAGUGAUUUUCCUAUCUGGGCGCUUUUUGCAACUUGCACGAUGAGGUAUAAAAGCGGUGGGUCUUCAGACACAUGCUACAUUGUCUCCUUUAACCAACCAUACCAGCAGUAUCCCACCCAUCAACAUAUCAACAUGUUCAAAACGAUUUUCGCCCUUUCCUGCCUUCUCUGCGUCGUAAAAGCUGGUUACUUAACAGCUCCGUUAGCUUACCAUGCCCCCAUCGUCAAAGCCGCAGUACCUGUAGCCACGUCUUACCAAAACACUUAUCAGAUAUCUUCUGCAGCUGUGCCUGUGGUGGUCAAAGCUGCCCCCGUAAUCGCCGCCCCUGCUGUGCACUACGCCGCUGCUCCAGCUAUUAUUAAGAGCCCGCUGUUAGCUGCCCCUUUGCCAUAUGCUUACCACUAAGCGAUAAUUAUUGCUGUUUUUGUAUGAAUUUAAACUAGAGCUGCAAAUUCGUACAGUCAUCGUGUAGAGAAUGGGACGCUUUUUUUAAUUAUAACUGCUAUCAGUAGAA